AUGGAAAACGAGGAAGCAUUGCCUUCUUCAAUGCAGCCACUCCUCAACUACACGGCACAGGACGCAGUCGAUGCAAAACCUUCGCCAAAGAAGCCGGGGAUUUGCAGGAUGCGAGAUGAAGCGUCAGCCGAAAUUGUCGACGAAAUGACCAAUGAUAAUUCCAUACACUGGCCAAUGAACCUACAGAUCAAACAGGAAGUGAAUAAAGACGAUGAGUGGUAAAGAAACUAUUUGUACUUGUAGUUUCUUUAGGGGUGAAGCGUUUAGGACGUUAAAAACGUUUGAAGGUUCACUUCGUUAAAAGCCGUCUUGUUUAUUUCUUUUUCAGUCUUCCAAAAGGCCCAGGACUUGACCAUUGGUUUGAAAACCAAGCAUUAUCUGAAGCUGUGAGUUCGGUCAAUGUGGAUCAUUUGGACCCUCACAAUCCUUCAAUCCACGAAAUACUAGAAGCAAGUCGCCUGAAUAAAAAUAAGGACAUACUGCAACUCCUCGGUAAGAUUUUUUGGAGACAUAAAACAGAGCUAAUUAACGAAAGCAUGGUGCAAAUAGAUGAAAAUUAAGCUUAUGCUUACAUUUAUUCGGGUACACUUGUUAUCGUUAUCAUUUUAGUAAAAUAUAUUACAGUUUUAAUACACCACCUUAACCUUAGUGCGCUUUUUUUUCGGUGUUGUUAGUUUUUAAUUUCGUUUUUUUGGUAUUAAACCGUUCUUACUUCAGAUGAAAUUGGAUCGGGUUUGGGUACCCACUAUUGGCAAGAAGCAGGGAGCAGUGAAUUUACCCCUCAGGGCACGUAUAACUACUCGACUGUGGGUAGCACCGAUGAAUGCCAACAUUUUAGGUCCUUCAUGGAGCCGUCAUCCUUCGUUAUGCCUACAUUACCUGCCAGUUGUUGCAAUCUUGUACAACCUGGAGUUUCCACAGUUUGGACAGGACAGAGUGUUGUAGAAUCAGGACGAGGGUUGACAGUGGAGUGUUUACAAGCAGGAGAAGCAUUUUCAGUGGAAAACACAAGUCAAGAGUUAAAUGACUUAAACGAUGAAAUAGUAAGUAUAUUUUCAAGCUCGAGGUCAACUUUGUUAAACUGUUAACUGAAAGAGGUAAAAAUCAAGACCUAUAAAUUAAAGCAGUUCUACAUGAAAUAGGAGAAGCAAACCUUAUGAUACAGUAUGAAACGAAACGUUCUGCAAGAGGACUAAAGAGACAAUCACAUCGUUAUUUUUUUCUUUUACUCCUUUUGUGAUUAGCGAAAACAAGAGGAAAAGAAAAGGAAACGAAGAGAAAGAAACAAGCAAUGUAGCAGAGAAUUCCGCAGAAAGCAAAAGGUGAGGGAACAACUUUUAAUAAGAGGCAAGGCUGAAAAGGAACAGAUGUUGGUGGAACGGCACAAGAGAAUGGAGAAAACAACGAAAAUACUUGUCAAAAUUGCUACCAGUACUGGAGCUUGUGAAAAGGGGCGUGGCAUCAUCAAUAUGGUGUCUGGAUUGAUCAACAAAGAGAAUAUNAAAAGAAGAGGAAACGAAGAGAAAGAAACAAGCAAUGUAGCAGAGAAUUCCGCAGAAAGCAAAAGGUGA